AUCUUCAACAUGCUGGACCCAGUUCUCGCCUCGUCACUAUUCAAACUGGAAUUCUCACAAGAUGCAAUGCUAGCUGAUGGAGCGGGAUCCAUGGCACAGAGCAGACAGGGCAUCCAAGUCACGGGGAUGAGUAGCCUCAUGGAGCCUUUGUGGCAGGCUGGGAGAAUCAUUGGUAUUGGUUUAUCAGGCAUCGACGAUGUUCGCAUCAAUGGUUGGCCAUCGCUGCCACUCCAUCUCGUAGCUGCGAGCCUCGCUCAACCUACCAACGUAUCCUCUUCAACUGGAGGAUCCAUUCCCAGAAUCUAUCUCGUCGCUCCCCCUAGUGAUGAAGCAAUUCCCCUUCUACACUCGAUCCUAAGUGGACUCACCAACUCUGCUUCAGCAAUUGACCUUCUGAGCAAUGUCCGGGUGCUGCAGUAUUUUGACAUGGCUGGCCUCGUCGAAAGUGUUGCCGAAAUCAGUCAAGCCAUAUAUCAAGACACUCACCCGAGAAAUGCAACAGCCAACGAAAUUCGCCAUCUCGUUCUCAUACGGGGCAUUGGGUCCGCUCUCUCUGCCACCCAGAGAAGGAAUGGCUCAGUCCACGCAAAUGCUUUGUUGGCAGGUUUAUUGAAGACUUUGACGCAGCUAUCCAGACAACCCAGGGGCGUUCUUGUUCUGGUCGAAGCUCCCCUCGACAUUCAUCCUGGUGAGAACAAAUCGCGUCACAAAGAUACACCUAUACCUUUUAGAGAGUAUGCAGGUGUUGAGAUCUCUUCUGCCUUCUCUGGUCCUAGUGGUGAAACACUGAGGCUCAUCACUGGGAGCUCGAUUGUAUCUCGUACUCUUGAGUGCUCAUUUGAUUGUCUGCUUGUGGUUCACGGCGCAUUUGGAAGACUUCAACUACCUCUCGGCAAUGCCAAGUUCCAAUCACCCGCCAUUGUCGAGGUGAGCAGUGAUCGACUGGGAGAGAUGACUGGAGUUUGGACAAUCUGGACUCCGGUAUCAUGACAAUGAGGACCUUGUUCAUGAUCAUCUCACAUUCUGCAGAAGGUCCAACUGUAGACUGACAAUCCAGGCAAGUACUGCUGCUACUGCUGCUGCCGCUGCCGCUGCCGCCGACACCUUCUUCUUCAUCAUUACCUUCACUCGACCGACAGAAAGAGCCACGGAAGAAUGUAUCCCUCCCAUGCUGUGGCCAUCUCCAAAUUUGUUCUCUCUUCCUCCAUCUCGAGUUACAUUCAAUAUCUUGGACCUAUUCAUCGACAUAGCUUAUGACGAUAUAGCUACGAUGCAUUCAUCCGCC